AUGUCAUCGUCGUCCGUAUCUGAUGGAAUUCUCAAAUUUGCUGCACAAUACUCUAUUUAUACUGGUUUUAUUACAUUUAGUUUUGGAUUUAUUGGUAAUGUGUUGAAUCUUCUUGUUUUUACUCAAUUGAAACAAUUUCGAACUAAUCGAUGUGCCCUCUACAUAACUAUUGAAUCAAUUUCCAACUUCAUUUACCAGUUUUUAUCUAUUAGUUUAACUAUUUUAACAUCAAUAUAUGGAGAUGAUGCUACAGGACGUUCUUUCAUUUGGUGUAAAUUAAGAUAUAUAUUGGGACAAACAUGUGCGGUCACUACUCUUUAUAUGAUAUGUUUCACUGCUGUUGAUCAAUUCUUUUCAACAAAUCAUCGUUUGAAUUUAAGACAAAUGUGUACAUUGAAAUUAGGUCGUUAUUUUGCGUUUAUAUUCAUUUGUUUUGCGAUCAUUCAUGGCAUUGUAAAUGGCUCUUCUUAUGAUAUUCAACCAACACUGGGAUGUGUUCCAUCGACUUAUGUAGCAGUUCAGUAUUCAACAUUUUUCUUUUAUCCAAUUUUAGUUGGGUUUCUACCUAUUAUAAUUGCAUCAUCAUUUAGUAUCUUAGCUUAUCAUAAUGUUCGUCAUAUAGUUCGACGACAAUUACCAAUUGUCCGUCGUAAGUUAGACAAACAAAUUACAGCAAUGGUUCUUAUGCGUGUAAUAAUCUUUGUUUGUUUGGUAUUGCCUUAUGUUACUUAUCGUAUCUAUACUGUUAAUUUUCCUACAUCACGAAAUAUGCCUAUGGCUUAUGCAAUUAGUCGAUUGAUUCAAGCAAUUAUUACUUCUAUCUACAUUAUAAAUUUUGCCAUCAACUUUUAUAUUUUUAUAAUGUUCUCACCACGUUUUUGUCGUCAAGUAAAACUUGUUCUAGUAAAAAAAUGUUGGCAACGAUGGAAAUAUUGGUGUUGUUCCAUAAAUAAUCGAAUUGACCCUGGCAACAAUAUCGAACCAUGCAAUUCACAGACAGAAUUAGAAGAAAACAUCUAA